GUUUUCUACAAAAGUUUGUAACAGGCCAUUUUAAACCACUUCAGAAAAAAGAAAGGAACGUUUGACCCUUGCGCCCUAAAUUUCUAAAUUUAAAACAAAUGCAUAGUGCAGCAGCAGCUAUGGAAACCAAAGUUAGCAGGUGCAUAGAGGGAGCUAGAAAGGCAAGAGAAAGCCAGACAGAGAACAUGAAGUGGUGGGUGAAGGCAUGGAGCAAUAACAGCAAGGCAAGAACAGGGCUGCUUCAGCUACAGUUAGGCAGUAGUAAUUCAUCCCCAAUAGAGAUAGAAACACCAGCUCUUCUUCUCUCUACGCGUAAAGGAUUGCCCCAUUUCAUUUCACCUGACCUCCUUCCUUCUCUUCCUUACCCUCACUCCGCUCUUCUCCAAUGCAGUCCUCUUCACUUCUUGGAGGGAGUUUCAAGAAAAACAAUAUCACACAUUGGAGGACUUCAUCAAAUGGUUGGUUUACAUGACUCAGCAUUCGUUGCUGUGCCAAGGGAUUCCAUUCAAUGUCUUCCUGAAUGUGGCUCUACAAAUAAAUUUGGAGCAUCUUUUGAGACGCCUUGCGGUCGUCGUUUGAUCAAACCCUCAGAAUAUUUGCAAAUGAUUUCUUCAAUAAGGCCCAAUAUUUGGGCUACCUUGGCUGAUGAAGUACCUGCAUGGGUAUCUGAUAAGAGGAACAAGACUUCUGUGGAACGUACUGUAAAAUGGCUUGACGAGUGCAUUUCACUUAGCCCGGCAGCUGGGAUUAUUUUUGGAGCUGUUGUUGGAGGUUCUGAUAUAAGUGAACGGAAGAGAUGCGCUGAAGAAAUAGCCAAGAGGAAUGUAUCAGGUUACUGGAUUGGAGGAUUUGGGCUUGGAGAAAGCAUGGAUGAGCGCCCUGCCUUGCUUGAUGCUGUAUCAGAUAGUUUACCAGGGGAAAAGCCACGUCUUAUAUGUGGGCUUGGACUACCAGAGGAGGUGUUGCAGGCCGUUGCUGCUGGCAUUGAUCUUUUUGACUCAUCCUAUAUUUAUAAUCUUACGCUUGGAGGCUUUGCACUUAUCUUUCCACUAGACAGGAUUGAAAUAAAUACAUCUCAUGACCAGUCAACUGAUAUGGGAAUUGACGGAACCAAGAUUAAUCUCAGAGCAACAGUUUACAGGUUGAUCUGUGAAUAUCCAGUCUAGGGAAGACACUUUUUCUAAUUACUGACCUGACCUGUUUCCCUUUAUGAAAUUUUAGAUAAGACUCUUAACCUAUUGCCUCUUUAUUUUUCAUUCUGAACGCAAAAAUUAAAUUUUCAGUAGCUGUCAUCUUCAAAUCACGUUUCAUAGAACAUAAAAUGAUCUGGUCCCUCCGUUGGUUUAUUGUGUACAAAGAACUAUGAAAUUUGUUCAUAUCAUGACUUCUCAAAAAAUCUAUUAGUUGAAGGGGGGAAAUGGUCAUUAAAGGAACAAAUAAGAUCGAAAUAAAAGGAUUUCAAGAAAUUUUUCAUGAAUGCUAUGUCCUCUCACUUAGAAUUCAAAUUUCAUGUCUUGCACAAUUGUCAUUUUGAUGGUAAUAAGAAAUGUUGCAAUGCAAAUUUUGUUUUGAGUAAAAUAAAUUCCCUAUUUCAAGAACUUUCGCAGUUUAAAACACGUGACUGUUGGUAAGAGUAGAAGUUGAAUUUAAUUGCAAUUUGGUUGAGGAACUGAUAUUUCAGAACUCAUUUUUCAUCUUCUAUACUCUCUACUACAAAAUAUAUAAUGGAAUAAGUGAAUAGCAGCUCUCACUCUGUGUAGUCAAUAGAACAUGUUGCACGACCAAAAAUCAUGAGCUAGUUGGUAUGCUAAUCUUGAACCUUUCAAAGUUUUAAAUGCAAUAAAAUCAUAUGCAUACAACAGGAAAAAAAAAUGAAGAAAAAAGACACUUACACAUUCAUUUGAUUCAAGGGAGAACCACAUGGUUUUAAUAAUGUGGAACAUUACGUGGUGAGAGAUCAAUGCAAGUUUAUUUUGCAAGAAUAUAUCUCUU